AUUCCGGAAAACCCUAGAUGAUUAUUACGAGGAAUCGAACCUUUCAGAAGGAUCCACUGUGUUGACAGAUGAUUUGGCAACUGGGGAUUUAACAGAAUCAACGACUGAGCAGAGCGGAGAGGUAGCUGAAAAGUUUAUGAUUGAUGAAUCAAACCUUUCAGAUUAUAUAGGCAAGCCAGUAUUUCAGGCAGAGAAAAUAUACAAACAGACACCAGUCGGGGUUGUAAUGGGUCUAGCUUGGACAUCCAUGGGGGGCUCAACAUUGUACAUAGAGACAACCUUUGUAGAAGAAGGAGAAGGCAAAGGUGGUCUUCAUAUAACGGGUCGGCUUGGGGAUGUGAUGAAAGAAAGCGCAGAGAUUGCUCACACAGUCGCCAGAAGAAUAAUGCUGGAGAAAGAACCGGAGAACAAGUUCUUUGCGAAUUCCAAGCUUCAUUUACAUGUACCUGCAGGAGCCACUCCAAAAGACGGUCCAAGCGCAGGCUGCACCAUGAUAACUUCAUUGCUAUCACUUGCCUCGAAGAAGCCAGUAAGGAAGGAUCUUGCAAUGACCGGAGAAGUCACUUUGACGGGUAGAAUUCUUGCAAUUGGCGGCGUGAAAGAGAAGACAAUAGCUGCAAAGCGGAGUCAAGUGAAGGUGAUAAUAUUCCCGGAGGCUAACCGGCGAGAUUUUGAUGAGCUGGCGGAAAACGUGAAAGAAGGGCUCGAAGUUCAUUUCGUGAAUGAAUAUGAGCAGAUUUUCGAGCUAGCCUUUGGCUAUGACCAUUAGAGAAGUCUUUAGGCUGAUUUUCUAUAUCUCUUCUUGGUUGAUUUCACCAUUAUUAAUUAUGUAUUAUGUUCUUUCUGUUAACUAGUGUAAUUUAUAUAUAUGCGGUUGGAUUUCA